AUGGAUGAACUCAUCCAACAUGUAUUCCAUGAAAUUGCAUACGAAGGCGAUCUCGGAUGUAACAUCUCUCGUCUGCGCGAACUCAUUUCAGGGUACCACUCGCAGCAUAGUUCUCUGCCCGCGCAAAAUGUGGACGACGCGUACUGCGCCUAUGUCUGGGCGAUCGUCGCCCAACACCCAGACCUGGUGGUAGGGACUGUACCCGCUGGUGUUACUGCCGAGGUCUUCAUAACUCCACAAGCAAGUGCGAAGAGAAAGGCGAAGGGUAAGGGUGAAAAAAUAGAAGAGUCCCCAACGACUAUUUCCUUGAUCCCUAUUCCCGACGCAGCUCUCCGACCUCUCGAGGACCUUCGGAGAGAGUAUGGCGAAGACGUCCGCAUUGCGCUAGAUAGCGCCAAGGUGUUUGUCGCCCUCACAGGAACACAUGUACGGUCAAACAAGCUCAGCGGGAUGGUGUACACCUCUCUCCAAUUUAUCGCUAGAGGCCGCGAGCAGGGCAUUAGUGUCUUGGAGCUAGGCAAGAAGUCCGGAUACGAUCAGAAGACAUGUUUUUAUCUGGUCAAGCAACUGGUUGAGCUCGACCUGGUAGUCAAACGUCGAAAACCGGGUAUCAGUUCGAACAUAUGCGUCCAUAAGCAUUUCUUCGAUACUAGCGAAGUCUGGCAACAGAUUGUUAGGGAAGAGGCUCAGGCCGAGAUGCAGCAGGAGACCGUCAAAGACGAGCCAGGCGAAGAAGACGACGACGACGAUGGGCAAGAUGACGACUCACUAGCCACGGUUCAAUUUGAGCCCAUAGACUCUCGCCAUCUCUCAAGCCUGCCUCUCAUCCGUGCUCGUAUCACGAAAUUGCUCAAGAACUCUCCCAAUGGCAUACAACCUGCUACAAACCUGCUACCCAAACUGGGCUUCCUCAAGCCAGUGAAAACGGACCGACGAUUCUUCCAAGUGCGCUUUCGAGAGCUUGUCGAGCAGGGAAUCAUCGAGAGGGUGCAGGUCAUGCAUCCAAACAGGGACCGUUUUCCUAACAGAAGAACUAUCUGCAUCCGCCUUGUGAAUCCGGAGGAGGCCGAUCUGCCUGGUGUCCUUAACGACAAUGUUCCCCGGGAAACAUUGAAGAUCAAUCAAACGCUACACAAGCAGAUCGUAAAUCUACUAGACGAGGCUGGAACGAAGGGCAUGACCUUGAGUGAACUCUCAGAUGCUCUCUGUAACUUCGAUAGACGGAUUGUGGAGCUAAUCCUGUCUCGUCAGGAGGAACGUCCUCCACCCCCACACCUCUCUGAUCUUGGCAUUGCUCAGGUAUCCGAGACGCAGGGCAGAGAGCGUCGCUACAAAUACUUCACUAUGCGCCACUACCAAACCAUGGCAGCGCGAGAGGGGCUUAACAACCCGCGUUACUCAGAAGCCGACGUAACGGCAGCGGGCGGGUUCUUGCUGGUUGAUCAAAAUCAAUUCUACGAGGAGGACGAGGUUCUUGAGAAAUAUGUCGACGAGUUCAAGGGGAAGGCUGAAGGCGGUUCGGCAAAGACAGGCGUCGCCGCAAAGAAGAGGCGGCCCAAGAAUCCUAUUCUGCCAGACGGUACAGUCAAGAAAGGACGACCGCGGAAGCAUCCGCUCGCCGCAGAGGGAGAGAGAGGACCUACUCCGAAGCGAGGGAAAAAGCGGAAGUCGCGCGAUGGGGAGGAAGACGGAGGCUCCCAACAAACUAGCGAGGUCAUGGAGCCUGCACCCAAACGCAAGCGGGGACGACCACCUAAGCAAAAGGUUGACCGUGUGGAGACGUCGACGGCAGAGUCAGUUGGCGGACGUGCCGGUUCUAGUAUUCAGGAGGCAAAGGUUGUUCCUGAAACGCCAUUGGUUCCCAAGAGGCGUGGACGACCACCAAAAAACAAGAAGCCAGUCGUGUCCGAGGCAACGGUCGAUCACGAGACCACAAGCACGACUGUGGAGGCUGCUCCUCGUAAGAAACGAGGGCGACCACGCAAAUCUGCAGCACCGGGGUCUGACACAGUGCCAGAGUUAGCGAGUCAACCCUCGAGACCAGGAGCAAUGUAUUCGUCUGAGAUCAGCACCGUUGCAAUCCGGGAGAGUCCUUCUGGAGUAAUGGCUUCGGAGAAUGUAAGCCAGCUAGCCUCGAAUAUCCCGAGCAGACGUCUUGGCGAAGCUCCCGAAGGAAAACAAGAUAUCGGUACUCCGUCAGUAGCUCCUAGUCCUCGAGCCGCGCUGGUGGAAGAUCAUGUCGUCCUAUCUGCUGCGAAUGCUAACGAUGUCGAUGCUCUGCCUAUGGCUGCCCAAAAGACACGGCAUGGAGAAGCCAUAGAACCCCUCAUUGAGAUACCUGGUGACAACAAUGCCGCCCUUGACAUCCACAGGACAUUAAUUUACAAUGAACGGAGUCUACCGGUGGCAUCGCUGGACAUGACGGAUAGCGGGCGUUCUCUCGAGCCGCAUACCCAACAGCCAAGCCCUUUACCUCAAACAUUUCCCCUCUGCCAGGAAGUACAUGCCGAUUGCGGACCAAAUGCACCUCCUGACCAUCAUGGUCAACUUGGCGACAAGAGGGGUCAACUAGAUGUGAACUUAUCGCAGUCUCGAAGAGAAAAGGAGAUAUUGCGGCUUGUCGAGGAUGCCGGAGGAAUCUUGAAUACCAGCGCCAAGGACUUCUAUAUAGCACAUGCCGCACUUGUCGACAGUAUAACACAAUCCGGAGAGGUCGCAAGCACGCUCCCGGGGACGCGGAUUGACAAACGAACGGUCGAGGCUACACUGCGGGAGCUGGACACUCGGCAACAAAUCAAGAUAAUCACUACGACGGUGCAGACAACAACGGGUAGUUACAGACCUGUCAGGAUCGCCUAUUUGCCCACCGUAUCCGAGGACGAUGUUACUGCGUUCGUCUCCAGUCUAGUUCUCCAGCGCUUCCCUCCUGCCGCCCCCGUCAAGGCUCUCGAUGAUUCCAUCACUGUCGAUCCCAGUCAAAAGAAAAAGAAGCCUUAUCUCAAAUCAUCUACCUCACUCAGCACUUCAGAGCAGACACAGAAGCAGGACCCCGAGUGGCUGGAACGACUUUUACAAUUUGAUGACGACGCAAUACACGACGCAUUCAUGUCCGACAAGAACACUCUGGCCCAGUCUCAUGGCUUCAUUAUUGGACGAGCAGCUCGAGCUCGCGAGUUGCACCUCGCGACCAUGAGAUUGCUAGAGUCGGCUGCGCAAUCUCCUCACAUAGUUUCGCGUGAAGAUCGUAUCAUCGUAUUUUCGCUAUAUUUUACCGAGUUGCCCAUCUCGACUUACUGCGCGCUCGUCGCUUCAUUGGAAAGGAACGACGACUUGAUUCAAUUGCUCGAUUUACCGGACGGUCGAUUGCUCCCGGUUGAUAAGGUUGCACCCUCAAUACAUACGUCGUUGGAAAUACGUCGUUGGCGAUCUCGACAGCGCUUACUGGAACUCUUGGAGAUGCUUUCUCGGCUUCACGUUGUAGAACCUCUGCAGCCGUCGACGUCUGAUCACCCUGCCAUCACAUGUGCUCAAACCCAUUCACAUCCCACUGCAUACGAUCCUGUGCCGGUCGAACGCUGGACACCUCCCACAAGCCCCAUGUACUGGCGCAUUAAUCGGGUGGCGCCACUUCAUCUCUGGGCUUUGUCGCAGGGAUUUCCGCCUUUCUGGAAGAACGUGCCGGUGCAAACCAUCGAGCAGUGUACAGAGUACUGGGCGGAAUUGAAGCGAGUGAGCACCAAUCGCGAGUUUGCGAAGUCCAUCCCGCCGCAGGGCCCAGACGUAUCAGCCCUUUCUUCGGGGAAGGAGCUAGGGAAGUCUCUGCGACGGCCGAUCUCUUGGAGGGACUCGUACAUGUUGUCUUGGGCCCAAAGCGAGUAUCUCAAUCGCUUUGUGGACGUUUCAACUGGUACCACGCCUCUUCAAGACGAAAACGACGGCGAAGCGCGGCUCCAUCAAAUCUGCCGCAUCGUCGGUGCAUCCAAAGACGUCGUGCACCACUUCUUCGACAAGGCGCAUGACCGGUACCGCAGAGAACACGCCAAAGCUCAGCGGAAAGCAAAGCGCGCUGCCGAAGCAAAGGCCAAAGAAGCACAGAGUAAGGUGAUGCUGGCCAAAAGGGCUGAGCAAGCCAGGAUUUUCAAAGAACAGCUCUGGGAAGAAAUGGUGCACUUUGUGCAUCCUGAGCCUAUGAAAGAUUCUGCUGUGACUCGUCUUCGUCGGUUACGAAGUCGAUUCAUGCAAAGCUCGGGCAAGGAUAGAGGGAAAUGGGAAGCAGAGAUUGCUAGUGCUAUUCAAGAGGCGGACAUAGCGGCCAAGAAGGUUCUAUCGUCGGGGAAAACGGCCUUCAUGCGACCAGCACUUGGAGCUGUGCCUCUGCCCCCCGUUGUCUCUAAUCCAACCGAGAAGGCCAUUGAGGAUUUGAUAGCCUCUCAAGGUACACGAAUCCCUCUGCCAUCUAAGCCGAAGAAGUCGAAGAAAGGAAAGGACCCUGAUACAGACAAGACGGAAGUAACUCGAAGACAUAGAUUCCAAUGGACCAGGGAUUUCGACGAACUGGCUCGAGACGCCGCAGCCAUCAUCAAGGCCCGCUGUCGCAGCAAAGCGAGGACCGAGUAUGGCGUAGUUGAGCAGAUUUUUCCGUCAAUCCCUAGGAAUUCUGUUCGACAGCGCAUCACGCAUCUUCGAGAAACGCCUGGCAGCGAGGCAUACAUGCAGCGUCUGGAAGACAAGUGGUAUGAGUUAUGGAUACAGCACCGAGGGACGCCCGCAUUGCCCGAUGACGAUCCGGAGAGCCCGACCAACUUCGACUGUGUCGCUCAUAUCAAGUUCCUGAGAAAGCAUAUUGACAAGAAUGCUCUCCGUGUUGGCUUCCUCGAAGUCGACGAAAGCAUUAGGACGACGCUACCCAGUACGGUCGAAGAGCUGCACGCAACAAUGGAUGUCAUCGAGAAGUCUCUCACAGCCCCUACAUGGGAUUUUGUAUGGAGCGGCGGGGCGGAGGAAGGCCGAGAGAAGCAGCUUGCACAACACCCUUUUUUAAAUGACCUCAGCGAGAUUCCUAUCGCUGCUGAUCAUUCUGUAGAAGAGCUGUAUGUAGCGGAUGCCGCUGUGAAGAUGGCGAUGGGGUCUCCGAACGACACCUAUGACCCGCAGGCAGCAUCCCGUCUCCUCGAAUCGGUUGGGGAGGAACCUGUCCAAGCUGCGACCAAGAACCUCCUGGAGCGAGGUGCUCUGUCCAAGAUUGUCCGAGACCCGCAGAAGUCCAAGCCCGGCAGAGUCUUGAAGAUAUCAGAGAGUAAUCAGAAUGCCCUCGGUGGCUCUAUGUCUCAAGACCUCUUCCAGGACGCGCAGCAAUUGGAGGAUCUUCUCACGCAUGAGAAAGAUCCGACGGCAUGGCGGGAGUGGUCUCUUAUGUCAAGCGAGGGUGAUUUAGCAGCACUUCUCGAGCUUGUAUCAGAAAAUAAGAUUGAUUUCAAGAUCGACACGUCCCGACCACAGGCAGCACGCCCAACUGUAGAUUGGAACAGCAAGAAAGCAGACGACGACGACUUCGAGACCGACCUGUUGAUGCGCUUCACCGACGCGCCGAGUUCGCUUUCGUUGCCUGUACUUCCUGAAAGCACUCUGGACACGGUAGUCAUGCAAGCGGAGAUUGCAAUGGAUCCCCAACAUGAGGCUGAGCAUGGACGGACGCCCCACGGCGGCCAUGCAUUUUGUCAAAAGUCAUCGAACGGUCUCAUUGAUUGCGAGGCUUGUCUGUGCGAGACAGCGAGCGCUGUUUUCCGCAUCCUCGAAGGUCAUCUUGCGCCCGUUGCUGAGAGAAUACUUGACGUACUGCGCAGAGCAGGCUCUGAAGGUCUCACGAAAGAUGCGCUGAACACACUCAGCCCGUCCCAGGCAGAGCUCCUUCCCCUUGUUGUCAAUGAGUUGACAGAUGCACCUGUUCCUCUCGCCUACUGGACAGGAUAUACCUCGGUUGUACUGGUCUCAGCGGAUCACAUACGACCGUGGACAGUCACCAUUGUCGACGGGGACCAACCAAAGGCAAUGGUCUUCCCUCAGCGAUGGUUAGACAUUCAUGGAAUGAGGGUCAAUGACGUAUGGGAAGCAGCUUUGCGAGCGGUUGUCGGCAUCAUCCUGCUCAGGCCGGGUGUUUCGCAGUCCGAGAUUCGCUGGAGACUUCGAUCGGUGUACGAUAGGCAGGAAGUCAAUGAGCUGCUCCAGCAUCUACUUGGCGCGGGCUAUGUCGUCAGGCGAGGCCGUGGCUCUGGUCCCCACGCACAGUCUGGGCCACCAGAUGACACGGAGGAACAUGCGGUAUUCUGGUUCCUUGGAGACGUCAAGCACUGGUAUCAUCUAUAGAUAGAUGGCUAUCCACGAUUUGCACGCCGUCAGUUCUCCUUCAUGAUUCAAAAUCUGUAGCAUUCUUUGGUGUACGAGGGGAUGACGUUGUGCAUGUAGCUUUAGCACAGCAAGAAGUAAAACUUGUCAGGAUC